GUUUCUCUGGCGCACUGUCCGACAGCGGGUGGUGACGUCACCAGCAGUCCAUGCUGCAUUUUUCGGGCUGCUCAAAACUGCUUCAUAUUAGGAUAUAAACACCACACUUCACCAACAAUGGGGAUUCUGGAGAAGAUCGCGGAGAUAGAGAGAGAAAUCUCCAGAACACAGAAGAAUAAAGCAACUGAGUACCAUCUGGGUUUAUUGAAAGCCAAGUUAGCCAAAUACAGAGCUCAACUUCUGGAGCCCUCAAAGUCAGCGGGGGCCAAAGGUGAAGGCUUCGAUGUGAUGAAAUCUGGAGAUGCCAGAGUGGCACUGAUUGGAUUCCCCUCGGUUGGCAAGUCUACAUUUCUCAGUUUAAUGACAAAAACAGAAAGUGAAGCAGCUUCUUAUGAAUUCACUACCUUGACCUGCAUCCCUGGUGUCAUUGAGUACAAAGGUGCCAACAUACAGCUGCUGGACUUGCCUGGUAUUAUUGAAGGGGCCGCACAAGGUAAGGGCAGAGGUAGACAGGUCAUCGCUGUGGCCAGAACUGCAGAUGUGGUCAUUAUGAUGCUGGAUGCGACUAAAGGAGACGUUCAGAGGGAACUUCUGGAAAAAGAGCUUGAAUCUGUUGGCAUCAGACUCAACAGACCCAAACCAAAUAUCUAUUUUAAGCCCAAAAAAGGUGGUGGCCUGUCCUACAACUCAACAGUUCCUCUUACACAGUGCUCAGAGAAGCUCGUUCAGCUCAUUCUUCAUGAGUACAAAAUCUUCAACGCUGAGGUCUUGUUCAGAGAGGACUGCUCUCCAGAUGAUUUCAUCGACGUCAUCGUGGGCAACCGAGUGUACAUGCCUUGUUUAUACGUGUACAACAAGGUGGACCAGAUUUCUAUUGAGGAAGUGGAUCGUCUUGCUCAUCGACCAAACAGUGUAGUUAUCAGCUGUGGCAUGAAACUCAAUCUAGAUUACCUCCUGGAGCAGUUAUGGGAAUAUCUGGCUCUCAUCUGCAUAUAUACCAAGAAGAGAGGAGAACGACCAGAUUUCGGUGACCCUAUAAUCAUGAGACGAGCAGCAUCAGUUAAACAUGUGUGUCACAGAAUCCACCGGACGUUAGCUAGCCAGUUCAAGUAUGCACUUGUCUGGGGAACAAGCACAAAGUACAGUCCUCAGAGAGUAGGACUGACCCACAUCAUGGAGCACGAGGAUGUCAUUCAAAUUGUGAAGAAAUAAAAUCUCGUCUCCAGAUCCACUACAGUAUCAACAGAACAUUGGAUACGUUUUCUGUUAACAGCUGCAAUGUUUCAAGCAGCUUCACCUGUGAUAUCGACAAUUGAAAAGUUAGUUUAUGAAAAUCACCUGACAAAACCCAUUAUAAUAAAUAACUUUCAGAUUCUUGUUUGCCUUUCAUAAGUAAAUAAAAAGUGUUUUAUUAAAUAACUGAGUUAGGCAUGCACACUGGGAUUCAGUAAAAAUACAUGACAAAUUGGCAAAUUGUGGAUUUAAAGUUUAGGGUUAUUUGCAAAAACAGAUAGCCACAAUAUUUAGAAAUUUUAAGAUUUAUUAUUUUUAUUAUUAUUAUUAUUUUGCAGUUGUACUCUUCAAUACUCAAUGUAAAAACUUGAUUUCUGGAUAUUGUUAAAGUCCAAUUUUUAGAAAUUUCCAUGUGUUUUGUAGUUGUGCUUUUCAAACAAACAAACAAACAAACAAACAAAACAAUGCAGUAAACAAAAAACAAAAAUCUGAAAAUUACUAAAAAUGUGGGAUUAUCUGUUUUUACAAACAAAAUCUUCAAGUGUAUUUUAAACCUGGAGAGAAACUGAUUAUUUGAAGUAUUUUUGAAAAUAAAAGAAUCAAUGUGA